CAACACGGUAACCCCCGGUGGCAAGCCCAACAGGACACGAGUGAUCUGGGGGAAGGUAACGCGUGCCCAUGGGAACAGUGGCAUGGUUCGUGCCAAGUUCCGCUCCAACCUUCCUGCCAAGGCCAUUGGACACAGAAUCCGGGUG